AUGCCACAAAAAAGAGACACCACAUCAGACUUUUGCACAGUCCACCAAUGCCACAUCAUUUUUGAAGACAAAAGCCGUGGAGGAUGUACACAGCAGAACUUAAAACUGAAGCAACAGAACUGUACUACAAGGAGACGCGUUCUAGAUACCACUGUGGACUUCCCACAUACUCCACUUUUUAGUGGUGCUAGUAAGCAACGACUGAUGGUGGACACUGAACACUGGCAUCCAAGGACAGGAACUACACAGUCCAGGUAUUUUCACAUCCUGGCACAAAUCACUGGCACUGAAAGUGCUGUUUCAACUCCUAGCCCUGCUGUCGAAAGUCAAAAUGAGAAAAAUGACUUUGUGGCACCAACCCCUUCUGCCAGUCAAGCAGGUCAUAGUAUGCCAAAGGCCACUGCAAUGUCUGGACAUGUAACUCCAUCUGGAUGGUCAUCAAACUCUCCUGCUAAGCAGGUGGUAUGGAGUACAGGUAGUAGGCCUGCUCCGCAGCCCCAGCCAAUGGACCAGGAUACAUUGGUACAGACGGCUGAGCAUAUUCCUGCAGGAAAAAGGACACCCAUGUGUGCUCAAUGCAACUCUGUCAUAAGGGGUCCAUUCCUUAUGGCCUUGGGGAAGUCAAUGCAUCCAGAGGAGUUUAACUGUGACCACUGCAAAACCUCAAUGGCUGAUCUUGGAUUUGUCCAGGAAAAGGGCUUCAUCUAUUGUGAGCGUUGCUAUGAGCAGUUCUUUGCACCAGAAUCUGCCCGUUGUCAGAGAAAGAUAAUUGGUAAGGUCAUCAAUCCCUUAAAACAGACUUGGCAUGUUGGCUGUUUCAUCUGUGUUGUUUGUCAUAGACCUAUCUUUAAUAAUGUUUUUCACAUGGAGGAUGGUGAACCUUACUGUGAGACAGAUUUCUACAGUUUGUUCAGUACCAUGUGUCACAGAUGUGAAUUCCUAAUUGAGGCCGGUGACAAGUUCUUAGAAGCCUUAGGUUAUACCUGGCAUGACAUCUGUUUUGUAUGUUCUGGUUGCUGUACUUCAUUGGAAAGGCAGGCCUUCUUCUUGAAGAAAGAUAAGCUAUUGUGCAAGAAACAUGCCCAUGGUGGCAACAUUUAA